CGGGAUGUGAAUUUGAGACCGACAGAGCAGCUGAAAGUAUUCUCAAAUUCUCACACACAACAUUUGUUAAAAAUUUUAACUUAAAAUUUAAAUUGUUUAAUUAUGUAGUUGCCUUGUAAUUAAUUGUAUAGUAGGGACCAUGACGGUCACGAGUUGUUUCUGCAGCCCUAAAGUUUAGGGAUCAAGAUAUGUCGACGACGCUACGAAAAAAUCCAUUUCCUCCAAAGUUUGUGAGCCUUUCUCGUUCGUCGAAAUUUUAUGGCAAAUUUUAUAUUUGAUCAUGAAAAUGAAAGAUGAAGAUCAACUUCUCCGGAACACUGGUGCUGAAAUGGAACCACUUGUCAUCAAAUCGGAAAUAGAAGUGGAAAAUGAUAAUUCAGGGGAAUGUAUUAGAAAUGUGCUCGAGGAUGACGACGAUGAGGAGGAUGACGUAGAAGACUGGUCACAACAGGUCAUGGACGAAGUAACGGACGAGGAAGAAGACGACGACGAUGAAGAAACAGACCUCAGCCGUGAUCCAUUGGAAGAUGUUGAUGAUUAUUUCCGUAAUGGUUCGGCCCAUUCAAACCGCGAUGGCCCACCUCAAAAAAUUGGGAAAACUGGGGAUCCGGCUUUUAAUAAAUCAUCGUCCAAGAAACUCCCUCGACCAAAAGUAACCAAGAAGAUCAGAAGGAAUCCAUCCAAGAUAGAUCCACUUUCUAUUUGUUCCAUUUGUGGUGACAAAGGACCUUGGGCUUAUCCAAAAAAUACACUACAAACUCACCUCAACUGCCACUCGAUCGAGUCCCACAAAGAUGACGAACGUUGGUACUCACCCGAGAAAAUGAAAUGCCCCGUCACUGUUUCCUGCAAAUUUGUGAGGAAGAGCCCCCUCCUUAUUUGGGAACAUAUCAUGGAAAGUCAUAUCACCCUCCUUCACCAUUGCCCCACCCCCUCAUGUGACGAGUACUUUAUUUUGGAAUCCACCCUCAACGCCCACGUCGCACUCCACUCUUCAACGUCCCCCGUUCCUUGCCCAGUUUGCGACACUACGUUCCCAGACGGCCCCUCCCUCCUGGAACAUCUCAGUUCCUCCCACAGUAGCAAAAAAACAGCCACGAUGUACACCUGCUCAACCUGCAAGCGAGCGUAUUCCAGUCUGAUAACACUUCGUGACCACGAGAAACGUCACACGAAUCUUGACGACAGAAGAAAAUCCUGUGAGUUUUGUUCCUAUACAUGCCUCAAUGCAGGAACGAUGUCUAACCAUAUCAUCACUAAACAUGAGGGGGACCCAACUCUUAGGAAGAAGUGGAGGUGUGACCUCUGCAAGAAAGCGUUCGUCUCCAAGGUUGUGCUAAGGCGACAUGUCACAUUGCACAAAAAAUUCGAUGGCACUGGUAGAACGUUAAAGUGCAAGAUAUGCGAAUACCCCUUCUUUCCUGGAGAGGAUGGGAAGCUUCAACUACAUUUAGAAAAGAUUCAUGGGGAUGGGAACGAUUUAAGGCUGAAAAAAUGUGUCAUCACUGGAUGCGCGUUCACGACCUCAGCGUCGACACACCUGCGGCAGCACGAGAGAAAACACCACCCAAAACUCUUGAUCCAUAAAUGUGAUUCAUGUGGGAAGGUGUAUUCAGAAAAGAUUUUGUUGGAAACGCAUCUCAAAACGCACCAAGAAGGGGAUGGACUGUUUGGUUGCUGCGUGUGCAAAUCGAUUUUUCUAUCAGGGGAUAAGCUCGCUGCCCAUUUGAAAAUUCAUAAUGGAGAAAGCAACCUCUCCUGCGACCUCUGUCCUGUCACCUUUGCUGACCGUGGGCAACUUCGAGCUCAUAAAAUACUCAGACAUAACGCGCCUACACCUCAUAUCUGCUCCAUUUGUAAGAAGAAAUUUGCUAAAAAGAGUUACCUACAAGAGCACAUGGAUACCCAACACCCAUCUGAAACCACGCCUACCUUUGGCUGUCACCUUUGCUCUAGGGUUUUACAUUCUCUUGCGCAAAUCAGAGCUCAUAUUAGGAACGUGCAUGAAAAGCCGCAAAAUAUUCCCACCUGUCCAACCUGUGGCAAGAAGGCAAGCGACAUGAAAAUGCACAUUUUAAGAGCACAUGCUAAUGCAGAUAAAAAGGCAAAGAGGAGCUGCUAUUUUUGUGGAAAGACAUUUAUCCGAACUGAAGAGUUAACGACGCACUUAUCGACCCAUACUCUGGAGAAACCAUUUAUUUGCCACAUUUGCUCGAAGGAUUACACGCAGGGUGCUUCUUUGGGAAGACAUUUUAAAAUGCACAAGACUAACGGGGAUUUCUUCCCAAAACCGGACUAGUUUUGAAUGACGAUAGUGGAAGGGAAAAAUGUCGACCUAUUCGUUGCUAGCGGAAAAUUUCCUUUAAAAGUCAAAGCAUAGGGCAAUAAUUAUACUUAUGUAUGUAUAUUGUUAGUGUCGGUUAAUAAUCUGUAACUGGAAGGUCAGACGUUGGCUAGCACGCAAGCUCUAUUUUUUUAACUUUAAAAUAUUGUAUCACUCAGAUUUAACGAUAAACAGUCGGAUACAAAGUUCGCAUUACGUAGAAAUCAGUAAUUAAUACAGUUUGUCAAGCCUUUUAAUUCAGGUACAUUACAUGCUAAGUAAGUAUUAAAUACAUACAUGGCAUUUUUAUAUAAUUGUUGUAUUACAAAAAUGACGACUCAUCCUUCAAGUACUUUGAGAUAUAAUUUAAUUAUCUUAAUUUUAUCGUAUUUUAGCGCUUAGUCGAGUGUUAAUUACAGGAUUAAUUAACACCAACGAAUUGUGUCGUAAAUUUUUACUGCAACGAAGAAUUAUCUCUAAAACUUAUUUAUUAUCCUUAUGUCAUACGUAGUACACAGUCCGUGGGUAAGUAGGAAACUGGAAGUGGAUACCUAAUAUUCAUGUAAUUCGAUCUUAAGUAUCCUAGAAUUCCCAUCAUUAGAAGCUUCAGUUUGUAUUGGGAAGUUUAUGUAUUUUUUAUAAGUACUUGAUAAACUAGUCAAGUAAUGCAAUGUUGAAUAAAUAACAUAAUAAAAUACAUAACAUUGGUGUGAAUUUUAAAUUAAA